CUAAUCUCAGGUCAUUUUUCAUGCGGGAAAAAUUGUUGCAUUUCCAUUUCGGAAUUAUCGCCGACGCUAACUUGACGCACAUUGUAUAUAAUGAAUAAUUCAAGUGACUCUGGUAGUAAUUUACAAAACUUACUGGAAUCGGUUGACUACUCACUUCUAAAUGAAUGUUAUUUUACACAAGAAUUAAAUAAUACAAAAAGUAAACAUCUAUUUUGGGGAAACAAAUCACAUCGUUUUCUCUGUGAAAAUGAGAAAGAUCAAGAUCUAAUGUUUCCAAAAUAUUUAAUGCAUUUCGUUCAUGAAAGAUUAUCUUACAGAAUUAUAAAAGAAAAUGAGUUUUACCAGGGAGAGUCUGCACCACUUGCUGCCCCAAAAUAUUUCGAAAGUGACACUACACUUCUACAGAAUGCUAAUAAUUACGUUAAAACAUAUGAGGAAUUUGAACAAAACAUCAAACGAACAAUUUUCAAAAGUAGUGGGUGUAAUGACUUUGAAAUGAAUCUGGAAACUAAGUUCGAAUCUGCAUCUGUCAAUGCUCAAUCUAUAUUAAAUUCAAAUGACUUAUCGUUAUGGUCAAGGAAACGGCUUCACCCUCGGAAUUUCUUUCGGUACAAAUUAAAUAAUAAAGGGACCUUUAAAUUAAUAGGUCCACAAAAUGAAUACAAGGAUUUACGGCGGAGGAACUGUUGGAAUGUGUCGAAAAUUAGUUUCAAACAAAAAAAUAAAUAACUGCAAAUAGAUUUUAAUUCAUUGGA